CUUGACGGCAAUAUCUGACCGGUAGGAAUCGGGCCAAAGGAAUCUGUUAAUUCCCAAUAUCUGACCAGUAGGAAUCCCCUAAGUCCUAAUAUCUGACCGGUAGGAAUCCGCUCAUCCAUAGGGGGGGUGCGGAUAAUAAAUGGAAUGACCCCAUGUUCUGGUCUUCUGGAAAUUGAGAUUACAAACAAAAUUGAAUAUGGAGAAGGAAAGGAAUUAUGCAUUAUCUCUUCUCUCAAAGCUAAAUACUUUCCAAAAAGACACAUUAUUUUGUGAUGGAAUAAUAAAGAUAGUUGGCAAACAAUUUAGUAUUCACAAAGUCAUAUUAUCAGCAGCCAGCCCGUAUUUUCGCACGUUAUUUUGCAAUGGCAUGGUAGAAACGUUCUCGCUUGAGGUGGAAUUACAAGGUGUUUCUUCUGAAUGCUUUGGCUUGCUUCUUGAUUAUAUUUACAGAGGAAAUAUAACUGUAACUUCAAGUAAUGUUGAACAACUUGUAGAAGCUGGACGGCUGUUUCAGUUGGAUGAUAUAGUAGAAUAUUGUUGCGAUUUUUUAAUCAGUGAAUUGACUGUAGAGAAUUGUUUAGGAAUUCUAUCGUUAGGCCAACUUCACUCGUGUAUUUGUUUUUCUACAACAGUCUUAAAUUAUGUGCACUUGCAUUUUGAAGAGGUUUGCAAGAAUGAUGAAUUUUUGCAACUAGAGUGGUCAAUAUUGCUGUCAUUUCUUGAAUCAGAUAGUAUCAAAAUUUCUAGUGAGGAUGAUGUAUUUAUUGCUGUGUUGAAAUGGGUUACGUAUGAUACUGAGAAUAGGUGUGGAUAUAUUAAACAGUUACUGAAUCAUGUCAAACUUCCACUGGUAUCUCCCAGAAUUGCUGAAACACAUUGUGCUUUAUGUCAAGAUGAUGGGUCAAUGAUGUAUGAAGCAUAUAGUACAUGUUUGCAAGAACAAUUACUGUGUUCCAAAAUCUCUACCUGCCCCAGAACUUAUUCAAAGAGAUAUUUUUAUAUUAUUGGUGGUCUGAUACAAAGGCAAGAUGGUACAUUAUUAGAUCGUCUUGAAUCAUUAGCAAAUGUUGAGAGAUGUGAGGUGCCAGCACAAGCUGCCGAUGCAAAUCUUUCCUUUGAAUUCUUACAGACAAACAAUGUUCAACCAAUGAAUCAACCUAGAAAUAGUUUAGCAGUAACGUCUUUAAAUGGUUUAAUAUAUGCCAUUGGUGGUGAAGAGGAAUCAUUCAUAUACGACAGUGUCGAGUGUUACAACCCAAUUGUUGACCAAUGGAUUGUAAGAGGGUCAAUGUUGUCACCUCGUGUAAACCAUGGUGCAUGUGUUAUUGAUGGUGAGAUAUAUGUUCUUGGAGGAUGGAUUGGUGAAACAAUUGCUAGAACAAUGGAAAAAUAUAAUCCAGGUGAAGACACUUGGGUCGUUGUUGGAAAUAUUCCAACACCUCGUUCUGAUGCCGGAGUUUGUGAAGUGAAUGGUUUAAUAUAUAUCAUUGGUAUGUACUGGUAUUAUGGAGAUAUAAAUAGCUUGACCAUAUCAGUCAGCAAUCAGUCAGUACAAUCAAGGGGGUUUAUUUAGAGUGUUGGGAAGGGAUGGUUGGGCAGGUCUUUAGAAAUUUAACAAAAACAAAUUUUCAAAACAAACCAAACCCAAUUUAAACAAAGUAAUAAACCUCAAUUAUUGUCGAUUUCAGAUGACUUUUCAAAGCGUGGUUCCCAAUUUUGUUGUCAACUUGCCAAUUACAUUUCCAAAUUUGGAAGUUGGGCAGGAACUUCAAUUGCAAACAAAUGUAAAAAUUUCAUUUAUAAAUUUAUUUAAAAAGGCAUUUUUAUCUUGGGAGACCACUGGACCAAUAUUUUACUGCAGUAAUAUGUACAUAUGGCCUUAUACAGUAGUUUCAACUCCAACUAUGAAUAUUCAGGGUUUCAGAAUGAUUUGAAGUAAGCAGUUGUACCAAAAAAGUAGCCGGCUGUGACUGAUAGUUAAAAAAACGCGCAGGGAGGGGGAGGCAUUUCCUUGCAUGGAAAUUUAAAACAUUUUCGCGCGCAAAUUAACGAUCAGAUAAUAUAGAAUAAGUGAGAAGAUAAAGUACAACUGUUCACUUGUUAGAUUUAGAUGUCAUUUGCAUUUAUACUUGUAAGUGACAAUGUACUUUAAUGUGCUACUUGUAGUUUAAUCACGAAGGUGUUUGCUGUCCGGAAAAUGAAAACGCAAUUUACAAAAAUAAUUACGCAUACUCUACGCACAGACAUAUUACAGUAGCUGAGUAGCAUGCAGUGCCGUAGAAAGCUCUUUUUGAUUAGGGGCUGAGAACGAGGGCCGAAGGCCCAAGGAAAUUUUUUAAUUUAGAGUCUCUGAAAUGCCAUUUCCUGGACUUUGGGGAAGUUUAGAACAGAAUUCUGAUGGUCAGAAAACAGCAUUUUAGUAUGUCGAAAUUUACAAUUUGUUUACAAUUUAGUAGUACUAAAUGGGCGAAGGCAUAUGUUAUACAAAUAAUGAAUGUUUAUGAGUGCAAUGGUAAGAAUAUUUUCAUGAGGUGAAAGAUGGAAUGUUCCAUUCAACGAGGCGACAGCCGAGUUGAAUGGAACAUUCCAUCUUUCACCGAAUGAAAAUAUUCUUACCAUUGCACAAAGAAACAUUCAUUAUAAUAAUAAUAAUAAUAAUAGCUUUAUUCAUCCAUCUUAAGAUAAAAAAGUACAAUGGACUUACAAUUACUUGUUUAAGAAAGUAUAUAUGCUGCGGAUAUGUCUUUAUAUUACAAAUUGUUGUAAGAUAAUUUAGAAAACUAACUAAGAAGUUAAAACUAAUAAAUUCUUUAAUCUAAUAAGUUCUUCUAAUAAGUUAAAACUAUUUAUACAUAUUUACAAUACCAAAUAAAUAUUGUUUUAUAUAAUACCAAAAUAGACUAAUAGAUUCAUAUGAGAAGCAUUUUGAGGGAUGCGAGUCAGAGAUCAGUUUAUACUGACAAUACAAUUAUAUUAUAUUAAAUUUUCUCUGUUUAACAACUAAAAUUUUGUUAUACUAUUAUUGCCGUAAUUUUCCGAAUGGCCAACCCAAUUUUCUGAAUAUGUUAAUUCUAAAAAAGUUGGGGGGGGGUAACCCCCCCCCUCACUACGUCCCAGAGUUUUUUACUUCAUCACUUUAUCAUAAUUAAUUCGUUGUCAAAGAAUUAGUCACUUGCCAAAAACAUUUACCAAAGUGGCUCUGAAGGUUCUCUGGCUCACUGUCAAAUUCGGAUUCCCCAAUGGCAAUGCUUAAGUCACUGUCAGAGUCAAGCAGAGUUAUCUUCCAGGAAGAUUCACUUCGACACCAACUUAGUCUUAGAAAGCAAGCUAUGUUUGGUAAUAUAUAUUAUUGAUCUUAUUGAUCUUCCAAAAUAAGUGGUGUUUUGCUUGAAUUCCAAUUGGAACGUAACAAACAUUGUGUUGGUUCGCUUGUACCUUUGUAUAUAAUUUUUUCCUGUGACCAGACGAAAAGUAGCCGGCGGUAAAAGUUCAAGUAGCCGGCGGAACUCCGCCGGCCGCCGGCUUAUUUUGAAACCCCUGAAUAUUUACAAUCAAAGUUCGAACUUUGAAAUGAACUCGGAGGGUGCAUCAGGGUGCAUAAUUGCCACUUAAAGGGUUAAGAGGAUGCAAGUUGGACGCAUCAGGGUGCAUUGCCACUUACAGGGUUAAGUUAAGUAUUGACUAUUCUGUAAACUUAUAUUGGAAUUGUAUCUGAAUUCCGAUAUUUCAUUUAAUAUAUUUUUUAAAAUUUUUUUCUGAAUUCCGAUAUUUCAUUUAAUAUAAUAUUUUGCUUGACCACAAAUAUUCCAACAACAUAACAAAUUUCCAAUUUUCCGACGGGUCUCAACAAUGGGGGGGGGCAUGUCCCCUAUGGCCACAGCAACCCCCCACCCCCCUGGCCACAACACCCCUGCGCAGUUGUUCAAAGCCCGAUUAUCACUUUAGAACCCAGUGUUAAAAUUUAACCUAUUAUUUUGGUUUGUGCAUUUCUACAUGUCUGUUUAUUUCAAAACUUCAGAAAAGAAAACUCUUAUUGUUCCGACCAGAUUUCUGAAGGAAUAUAUCCAAGUUUACAAACAAGCUGCUGGGAAAUUUGCUCUGAAUUUUGAGUUAACCCACGAUCAAGGUAACCAGCGUUUGAACAACAGGCCCAAGAGUUUUAUUUAUAUUUUAGGUGGUAUAGGUAUCCAUGGAGACUCUCUUCGGACAGCUGAUUGUUACGAUUCAGUGAGGGAAAGAUGGAGUAGUAUAUCUCCUAUGCUUCACAAAAGAACAGCCUGUGCUCUUGUAAGUUGUGACAACUAUAUUUAUGCCAUAGGAGGUAGGAGUUCUCAUGAUAGUAUUGAAGACAGCGUUGAGAGAUAUGAUGUACAAAAGAACCAAUGGGAAGAAGUUGCACCUCUACCAUUUGCUCGUCAAUCUGCAUGUGCUGCUUGUUUUGAUAAGUAUAUUUAUGUCUUUGGUGGAACAAAAUAUACACCAGAUCAGGUCGAAUAUUUGAAUAAUAUUGAAUGUUAUGAUGUUGUACAAAACAAAUGGUCAACUGUUGGUCAACUGCAUUCCAAACUAUCACAUGCUGCAGUUGUUGUUGUAUAGCUGUUAUUGUGUCUAUGUAUAGCUGUUGUCACUGACAAUGUGCAAUUUGGAGUCCUCUGUGACAUUUCAGUUGGUUUUUAUCAAACACAUGUAUAUGGUAACAAAUGAACAAACAAAUCACACAAGUUUAUAAUUAUAGUGGCAAAUGUUAAAUUUGCAUGUAUAGUGAAUAUUGAUUAGGAUACUGAUGUAAAAGACACCUGCUCGACUACCUCAACUACCAGUGUGAUCGAAUGUAUUCUGACACUGUAAACCCACUAUUCAACUACCAGCAUAUAUUAUUAUUUUUAUUAUUAUUAUUAU